AGCUUUAUGAAAUAAUAUGAAAAUGAUAUAUUUUAAUGAAAUGUAAACAAUCCAUAUUGAAAUAUUUAUAAGGCAAUUAACAAUCAAAGAUAGUCAUUUUGGAAUAUAAAUGAACGGAAUAAAAAAUAUGAAAGAUUGUAGAGUAAAGUUUUGUUAUCGAUACUGAAUAUGUGGGUGUUUGAUAAAGAAACAUUAGAUUUUUCAUAAUUAUAAUAUAUUUACCAUUAUUUUCGCUUUUUCAUAAUUUAAACAUGUUUUCCAUAAUAUCCAAUUUCCGAAAAAUUUUAGAAGAUAUUAUAGUUGAAUAUAUUGACGUUGAUUUUACACUUUGGUUAUCAUGGCUUUUAAUGCCGCUUUUGAUAACAUUUUUACUUCCUCUUGUGAUUGUGGCAUUAUUAUAUUUAACUGCAUUAAUAUUAUAUGUAUAUAAAUUACAUAGAGUUAGAUUAAGAAAUGCAUAUGAAACGGAUUGGAGAAAUGCAGCUCGUAAUGUAGUAGCUGCAGUUUGGGAUGCUCAUGGUUGGAUUUGGUAUGGAUAUGAAGUAAUUGGAAUUGAAAAUAUACCACAAAAUGAACCAGUACUUUUUGUGUAUUAUCAUGGAGCUAUUCCUAUAGAUAUUUAUUAUUUUAUAUCUAAAGUAUUACUUUUAAAUUCAAGAUUAAUUCAUACAGUAGCAGAUAGAUUUCUUUUUAAAUGUCCUGGAUGGUCUAUUAUUUCUGAUGUAUUAAAAGUUAUACCUGGUACAGUUCAAACAUGCUCCGCUAUUUUAAAAGAAGGUAAUAUGCUUGCUAUUUCACCUGGUGGUGUAUAUGAAGCUCAAUUUGGAGAUUCUUAUUAUCAAUUAAUGUGGAAAAAACGAGUAGGUUUUGCAAAAGUUGCAUUGGAUGCUAAAGUGUGCAUAAUACCUUUAUUUACAAAAAAUAUUAGAGAAGCAUUUAGAACGAUCAGUUGGGGCAGAAGAAUGUGGUUAAGAAUAUAUGCUGCUACUAGAUUUCCUUUUGUACCUAUCUAUGGUGGUUUUCCUGUAAAAUUGACCACAUAUGUUGGUAAACCAAUUUCAUAUGAUGAAAAUCUUACACCAGAAGAGUUACAAAUAAAGGUUGCUGAUGCGCUUAAUAAUUUAAUAAAUCAACAUCAAAGAAUACCUGGAAAUAUAUCAUUAGCUUUAUUAGAAAGAAUAUAUACUCCAAAGAAAGAAGAAUCAUAAUGUUAGUAUUUAGUUGAAUAUUAUAAUAUUGUAUCUUAUACUCUGAAGUAGAAAAGUAUUUAAAAAAUACUAAUUGAAUUUCUUAGAAUUUAUAUCUACAAUUUAUGGUGCUUAUCAUUUAAUAUUAACUGAUAAUUAAGAUUUUAUUAAAUUUAAAAUUUAUAUAAGAUAUAUAAAAGGAGUUAAUUUUGCGGCAACAAAACUGUACUUAUUU